CGAAAAAGAAAAAAAAAACAAAGACUAAAAGCUAGCAUACUUGAUCUAUGUUAUUGCUAUCUCCAUCGAGAGGAGGGAAAAAGAGAGUUAAUAUAGAGAGGGCCAUAGUUGUCUUGACCGCCGGUCAGUCGGAAGAGAAGAUCGCCGGAGAAAAGGCUAGAAUAACCUUUGCAGCUUUGCCGCCGCGCGCUGUAUUCGCCGGAGUACCAUUCGGGAUAUCGAACUGGGUUGAGUCGUUCCACUCCAGGAAGAGAAGAGUCAUCGUCGAUCGGUCCACUUCUGCCGCCCUCCGGCCCACCGUUUCUCACGUUGGAGGAGAAGAAGCUGAAGUUGUUUCCAUCGGACUUGACUGCUGCCACUAGACUUCGCCGCCUAUAAAAAAAUCUAUUUCCAUCACUUGUGGCAAGAGAAGGAAGAUCUCCGUCAAUGGAGUACGUCUUCUUCACUGGACAGAGAAGGAACCCUUCACCGGAGGAAGAGCCGGGGCCGCCGCUCGCUUGAGACGUCGCCACCACCGCAUUGUAGAACAGGGUCGUCGUCGCCGCCACGUCUGCCCCGAUGUCGCCACCAAAAACUGGAGAGUUACGCACGCCUGUUAUGAGCGACGGCCACACGAUUCACGGUGGUUUGAGUAAUCAGGAGCAAUGUAGAAGAAUUCUCUAGAGUUUGAGGUAAGUUUCACGUCAACCGAAAUUAGUUCUUUUUCUUCAUGAUUUCUUUUAAAUAUUUUGUGUGCAUAUUUGAGAAUUGAAUUUAUUAUGUGUGCUGAAUUUGAGUGAAUAUUAUUAUAUGAAAGGGUUGUAUUUGAGAUAUUAGUUGAUAUAUUGUUUUGUUGAUAUGAGUUAUUGUAUACGAUUUUGGAAUAUUUUGUAAUUUGUUAUCUUUGUGGGAGUUUGAUGAAAAGAGAAUUUUUGAAGUAUAAACUUCGAUUGAUUUUGGGAAAAAUAAAUAUUUUCAUAAAAGGUUAGCAUCACGGGAGAAAUCCGUGGUGUUGGUUUUCCACGUCCCUUAAAAUGUGGAGGAUGGUUAGGUCUACUACUACUCAAUUUUUGGUGGUUUUGGUUUGAGGUGAAUUGACGGUCGGUAGAAAACAUCCCGGCUUUUGAGUAGUAGUGGUAGUAGUAGUUCCUAAUCAUUCAGGUUUUGAGGUGGGGUAGUUGGUAGAAAACAUCCCGGCUACCCGGAUCGACUUACUAACCCGGAGGGCUUGGAAUACCUUUAGGGGGUGUGCACACUUAAAGUAGUUGUUUCCGUUUCCAAGGAGCAGUUGUGGUACCGGCGAUAGUUCCGGGGUGGCCGUACAUAACGACGGACCACCGGGCUCAACCGAAGUGUUGAGCACCGCCCUUCGAAAUUACUAGGAAGUUAGAUACAAAGUGAUUUUGGGAGAAAUUCAAAAGGAGAAUUUUGGGUGUUUCAUGUAUUUUGGAAUUUUUAUGGUUUACGAGUUAAUUAUGUGAUUGGG